AUGACGACCUCCACCGUUCCAAUGCCCUCUUCGUCAAACAGCGAGAAGUCCCAAGCGCCAGAGCUUACCAUUAUCAACCGUGUCGCGUCGAUCCCCAUCGUGGCCUACACUGUUCAGCAGGUCAGCGCAACCCUCGCCAACAAUCGCUAUACCUCGUCACCGUAUUCGGCUGCCAAAGACCUUUCUGCCUCUGCUUACAAUUACGCUGCUCCCCUCCAUGUUCGUCUUGGCCCAUGGCUUGUCUCGGCCGACAACUACGCCAACAAGGCUGUCGAUGCAGUCGAAACGCGUUAUCCCUACCCAUUCCAGGCCAAACCAGAGGAGGUCUCAAGCUACGUUCGUGAGCGCAGUGCCAGCGUGACGAAGAUGGUCGGAGAAACCCGCGAGAACGCCAACAAGGCCAUCGAGACACGCAUUACGACCCCCGCCAAAGAGGCCGCCUAUGGAAUUGACCAACGUCUCACUCCCCUUGUCGACUAUAUCGAGAAAACCGCCGUCACUCGUCUCCAUACCUCCGCACCCACCGACACGCAGUACCAGGUUCAGCGUGUUUACGAACUCUCGAAGAAUGUCACUGGCCAGCUGUACGACUAUAGUCACCAAACUGUCCUUGUACAACGGGCUUCCCAGACUGCCGACUCAAUUACGGAAUUGGCCCAGAUUGCUGGCGCCCGUGUUGACGCCCUCUCGAACCGUCUCAUCACCGAACUCAGAUCGAUCCAAACCUCGCUCGUUGCGACUGGAGCCUCAGUCCAAUCCUCUGCUGGUGCCGCAUCGCAAGAGCUUAACAGCACGAUCGUGACUCUCCGUGACAUUCUUUCGACACCCAAUAUGCCGUUGAACGAGAAGGUGAACCGCGUCGGGCAGGAGGUACAAUGGCGUGUUCGGCCUCUUCUGGAUCGUCUGUUGGCUUUGGCACCCCGUCGACAGGAAGCAGCAAACGGGGACGCCUCUCAUUAG